AGGCCUUAAGCACCACCACCACCACCACCACCACCACCUCCGGCCACUAGCUAGACUUCAAUGGCCCUUGCUAUGAGACCAUCUUUUGCUCUCGCCGCGUCUCACUCCACCACCGCCGCCCACUUGUUCGCCCUCCUCGCCGGCAUCCUCACCCUCGUUUGGGCUCUUCAUUACCGUGGCGGUGUUGCCAUUCAUACUGACAACAAAGACUUAAUUAUCAAUGCUCAUCCACUUAUAAUGGUGUUGGGGUUCAUUAUUGUUGCCGGAGAAGGGAUAAUGGCUUACAAGCUCCCAUUGAUGAGACAAAUGCAAAAGACAAUACACUUGAUGCUACAUAUGAUUGCACUCACCCUUGGCAUCUUUGGUGUCUAUGUUGCCUUCAAGUACCACAAAGAAACUCAGUUGAGUGACAUGACAAGCUUGCAUUCAUGGCUUGGCUUGGUUUCCAUCUGCUUGUUUGGCAUCCAGUGGUUAUUUGGGUUUCUUUACUUCUGGUUUCCAAAGGCUCCACAGCCAACGAGAGUAGUACUAGUACCGGUCCAUGCGGCGGCCGGAAUGGCCGUCUUCUUGACGAUUAUAUGCACGGCGGAGACCGGGUUUGCUCAGAGCAUGCCGACGGAUACAGGAACUUUGGCCGAGUCCCGUGUUAUUAACUUCACCGGACUUUUUAUCCUCAUCUUUGCUGUGGCUGUUUGCAUCUCCACUGCUAUACGUAGAAUCACAUUCUAGAUUAUUAUAUAUAUAUACAUUUAUUUAUAUAUUUGUGUGUAUAAUUGUUUUUUUUUUUCUUUUGGGAUUCUAUUUAUUCAUGUAUUUUUAGUUUGAGAGAUUGGUUAUUGAUUUCACCUGUGGGUUAUUUGGAUAUGGAGUGAAAAAGGUUGUGGGCCUUAUC